CUUCAUUCUCUAACUUCUCUCUACUUUCUCUCUCAUUUUCCUUUACUUUCUUGGAGGCCAAACACCACACCUUUGCUCCACCCUUACACCACCACCUUGACCCACCAUCUCCACCACCUCCGGCCACCUUAUCUCGCCGGAAAAUGGGUCCGGUCGGCACUCCUUGAAUCCAUCCGAAAAUAACACAAUAGAAGCACAAACUCUAGAUUUUUCUUAAUCUUUUGAAGAAUCAAAGCAUGGGAUUUAUUUUCUUGAUGGAUUAGAGGCUUGUACUUGGCGCGUAUGGCAAGGCGAAGAGUUCAUAAGAGUCGCCCCCUUAUGGAAGUACUUGAGGCUGAGCGAGAGCCACAUCUUAGUGUUGGAAAUGAAGUUCCACCUCGGGUUCAGGAAGAAGAGAUUGAACAUGAAUCGCAUAAUGAGCAAACUCAAGAGUCAAGUGCCAAUCCAGAAGUGGGACAUUCAGAUAGAGUCGUACCACCAAGGGUUGACACAGCUCCAGCAUUUUUUAGACCCUAGUGUGCAGCGCCUUUUAGAGUCAAUGGCUAGCCUAGCGGAGAGGCAGACUCACAUCCUUGAACAACAGAAUGCAGCACAGUCAAGGCCAUUUGUGCAACCUACAGAGAACCGCCUCACCGCAAUUGAGAGGUUCAAGAAGUUGGGGGCUCCAUCAUUUUCUGGAUCGCCCAAUCCUAUGGAGGCAGAGGCCUGGUUAAGGAGGGUAGAGCAGAUAUUUUCUGUGAUGGAAGUAUCAGACGAGCAGCGAGUUGCACUUGCUAGUUUUAUGCUGGUGGAGGAGGCUGAAUAUUGGUGGGAGGCCACGCAACGCCUACUUACGGCAAGUGGCACCGGAGGAUUGACCUGGAACCAAUUCACUAAGGUUUUCAAUGACAAGUACUUUCCAGCUACCUAUCGGUAUGAAAAAGAAAGAGAGUUCCUUCGGCUAGAGCAAGGGGAUUUGACUGUAGCUCAAUAUGAAGCUAAGUUCAUUUCUUUAUCUCGUUUUGCCCCUUCGUUUGUGGAUGAUGAGGAGGUCAAAUGUCGUCGUUUUACAGAUGGGUUGGAUUUGGACAUCAAAUCUCGUAUCCGAGUAUUGGGAAUAACUAACUAUUCGACCUUGGUUGAUAAAGCCUUAACAGUUGAGAAAGAUGUCAUAGAAAUGAAGUUAGCGGAACAACAGAAGAAGCGCCACCUUAGUUCAUCCCAUCAUGAGAACACAUCUAAUAGACCGUCAAAGAGAGGUGGUCAUGGUUAUGGUUCAGUCAAGAGCUCUAGUGCAUAUCAAAAAAAUAGAGAGCAUCCCACCCCAACCCAAAGCAUUUCUAAUCAGCGUCAUGGACAGUCUAGUGGGACAUCAUCUCAGUUUACUCGAAGUGUUUGCAAGCAAUGUGGGCGGGCACAUACAGGUGUUUGUCAUGCUGGUACCGACUUGUGUUUUCGUUGUGGCCAGAAGGGUCAUUUGGUGAAAGAUUGCACAGUUCCUAAAAUGACUAAUUUGGGAGAUACACGAGCUUGCUUCAAUUGCGGACAACCCGGACAUUUGGCUAGAGAUUGCACACGAACUGCUUUAUCUGCUAGUACUGGAGUUGGUAGUAAUAAAAUUUCAGGUGCCGGCCGAGGGGGAAGCCGAUGA